UAUAUAGCUAAAAACGGUGGUUUAGAGGCAGCUAAAAUUAAACCUGAAUGUAGUACUUCAAAUCGUGAACGAUUAUGUCGAAAUCAUUUAUCAAAGUGCGAAAGUUUUCUUGAAGCCAAUUCUGCAGAAGAAAUUGAACGAAUUUUAUUAUUACCAGAUAAUGAUAAAAUUUUUGUACCAGUAAUAAAGCAAGGACAAUCCUCUACAACUUCUACAAUCACACGAUCAGGUUCUUCCACAUCAAGUUCUAAUCAAUUAAUAACCAAAUUUUUGUCUACACCAAUUGUUUCUGAAAAUGAAAUUAUGGAACCUGAGUUAAAUGAUAAAGAUGUAUGUUAUCAAGUUAGUGAUGAUGAAGAAGAAAAUUCUGCAAAUAAUAAUGAAGAUAUAAUUACCAGAGAAGAGGAGCAAAAAUGGGAUCAGUUAAUCCAAGAAUAG